CUGUAGUAAAGAUGAUUACCAGGGCUUCUAGACUUCGAAUUCUUCCUCUAAUAAUCUUGGUAGGGCAUGGAGCCCUUGGGUUUUUCUCCUUGACCUCGCCACUAGGAAGUAUCGACAAAGAUUGGACUCCUGAUGACUAUGAAUAUAGUACUGAAUAUUAUGACCAUGAAAUAAGUAAUAUAUCUGAUUAUGAAGGGUAUAUUGAUUGGACCUCUAAAGAAAAUGACAAUUUCUUCUUUCUAAAUACUACAGAUCUGUGCCAACCUGAUCCUUGUAUGCAUGGUGGUGAGUGUGUUAUAAAUGGGGACAACUUCAAAUGUAACUGUCCUGCCCCGUUCACUGGGAAAAAAUGUCAAGCUGUACGUAACACAUGCCAGAAAAAUCCUUGUGUCAGAGGAGAAUGUCUCAUUAUCCAGACUCCACCCUAUUACAAAUGUGCCUGUAACCAUCCAUAUGGGGAUCCACACUGCUCAAAAGUCUUUACAGCAUGUAGACCAAAUCCUUGCAAGAAUGGAGGUAUCUGCAAGCGGAACAGGAGGAGAUCCAAGUUUACAUGUAACUGUCCUGAUGGAUUCAGAGGGAAAUUCUGUGAAAUAGGUCCUGAAGACUGUUAUGAAGACAAUGGCUUCAACUACAGAGGGAAAGUCAGUAAGACAAUAAACCACAACAAUUGCCUUCACUGGAAUUCUCACCUUCUCUUGAAGGAAGCUUAUAAUGUUUUUAUGGAAGAUGCCAAGUUACAUGGUAUUGAUGAACACAACUAUUGCAGGAAUCCAGAUGGUGACAAAAGUCCUUGGUGCUUCAUUCAAUUGGACAAAAAAACAUUGAGUUGGGAGUUCUGUGAUGUCACUUCUUGCUCAUCUUUAGAUGUCAUGGAGUCCCUACGGAAGCCUUCUGAGCCCUCUGUUUCAAGUGAAAUGUUCAGUACCUGUGGGUUACCAGAGAUAGAUGCAAAAAUCAAAAGGAUCUAUGGAGGUUUCAAGAGUACUCCAGGCAAACACCCUUGGCAGGCAUCUCUCCAAGCGAUUCCUCUAUAUACUGACUUCACGCCCCCUGAGCACUUGUGUGGAGGCACACUGAUUGAACCUUGUUGGGUUCUUACUGCUGCACACUGUGCAAUGUUCAAAGCCAAACAAAUACUGGUUGUUCUUGGAGAACAAGAUCUGUUGAAGUCUGAACCCUAUGAACAGUCAUUUAGAGUGGAGAAGAUAUUUGCCCACCCAGAUUAUCAAGAUAAAAAUGACAUUCCUUAUAAUGAUAUUGCUUUGCUCAAGUUAAAGGCGGUGAAUGGUCAAUGUGCGCAAGAAUCUAAGUAUGUAAAGACAGCAUGUCUAUCUGAAGUACCAUUUCCUUCUCGGACAGAAUGCUACAUUUCUGGAUGGGGAGAAACACCAUCAGGAGAAGGAUCUCGUUAUCUCCUGGAUGCUAAAGUCCAACUGAUCUCCAGAUCUCAUUGUAAUGCUCCAAACCAAUAUGAUAACAUGGUUGAUGAUACCAUGUUCUGUGCAGGUGGACAGGGGACUGACUCCUGCCAAGGUGAUUCUGGUGGUCCUUUAACCUGUGAAAGAGAUGGCAAAUACUUUCUCUAUGGAAUUGUGAGCUGGGGCCUUAAAUGUGGAGAGAAACCAGGAGUUUAUACUCUAGUGACCAAAUACUACAACUGGAUCAAAGACAUCAUCCAAAAAGAGUCUGGAUCAUACUAGACAGUGUCUAAGUUAGCAUCUGAUAAAGGCACAAGCUAUAGCCCCUCUACCUCCAACCUACUCUUCAUCACAUAAUUGCAUUGUUGGUUGAAACUAAAAAGGUAGGUCCACUAUCAAGAAGCAAACAAUCAGAGAGGAAGAAAGAACAUUCAUUGGCUUGAUAAUUAGUGAAGACACGGGGUUCCAUUCUGACUCCUCCACUAACAAGUUGUGUUGGUCUGAGACAAUCACUUCCUUUCUCUGGGUCUCAAUUUUUUCAUAUGGACAACAGGGAACUAUGGCGGGUGAGGGGGAGAGUUGGAUCAUGUGGUCUCCAAGGUCCCUUCUAGCUAUAGACAACCAAUUUAAAGAGUUUCACUAGAGCUGAUCAGAAAUAAUUUCCACUUAUAUUGUGCUUGUCUUUUCUCUAUGACUUUCUAGCCAGAAUUUUCACAAUAGCUCUCCAUGCCCUUGUAUUAUCUCCUAUAAUUUGCAAAGGAAUCAUAAAGGAAGCCCAAAUUCUCCUAGAUUAUUUCCUUCAGUUCAUAUGUCUUUAGUACUCAUCAUUCCUGGAGGAGCAGUCCAGCUCAAGAACAGUCACAACCACCAAUCCUUAUAGAAUGAAUGAGUGUCCCAGUCAUGUCUGACCACUUUUAUUCAGCAUGGAUAACGUGCUAGACAGAACCAACAUUCAAAACAGGAUAUUAAAAUAUUGAAUUGAAAAUAUAAA